CGCGUCGGAGGCGGCAGCGGCAGUCGCAAGUGAGCAUCCACAGCGCCUGCAGGGGCUGCGUCUGCAGCAGCCGGGUCGCUGACGCCGCGUGCCGGGCCAGGGCAGCCCUCGACCUCGCUGGUCCCCGGGGGGCCGCCCGCCUGUCCCGCCUGGCUCGUCACCCCCGCCACCCCUCGCUCCGGGCCCGGGUCUCCCAGCCGCUGAGUGCACGCCAUGGGGCUGGCGCUCAGGCUCCGGCUCCGCUGCCGCGACGGCUGCGGGGCCGCCCGGCUGCUGGCUUGGGGCUUCCUCCUGGCUCUGAGUCCUCAGGCGCCCGCCUCCCGGGGCGCUGAGGCCGUGUGGACCGCGUACCUGAACGUGUCCUGGCGGGUCCCGCACACCGGAGUGAACCGCACGGUGUGGGAGCUGAGCGAGGAGGGCGUGUAUGGCCAAGACUCGCCGCUCGAGCCCGUCUCCGGAGUCCUGGUGCCGCCCGACGGGCCCGGGGCGCUCAACGCUUGUAACCCGCACACGAAUUUCACGGUGCCCACGGUUUGGGGGAGCGCUGUGCAAGUGUCUUGGCUGGCCCUCAUCCAACGCGGCGGAGGCUGCACCUUCGCGGACAAGAUCCAUCUGGCUUAUGAGAAAGGGGCUUCUGGGGCCGUGAUCUUUAACUUCCCCGGGACCCGCAAUGAGGUCAUCCCCAUGUCUCACCCCGGUGCAGGAGACAUUGUUGCAAUCAUGAUUGGCAAUCUAAAAGGAACAAAAAUUCUACAGUCUAUUCAAAGAGGCAUACAAGUAACAAUGGUCAUCGAAGUAGGGAAAAAACAUGGCCCUUGGGUGAAUCAUUAUUCAAUUUUCUUCGUUUCCGUGUCCUUUUUUAUUAUUACGGCAGCAACUGUGGGCUAUUUUAUCUUUUAUUCUGCUCGAAGAUUACGAAAUGCAAGAGCUCAAAGCAGGAAGCAGAGGCAGUUAAAGGCAGAUGCCAAAAAAGCUAUUGGAAGGCUUCAGCUGCGUACUUUGAAACAAGGAGACAAGGAAAUUGGCCCUGAUGGAGACAGCUGUGCUGUGUGUAUUGAGCUCUAUAAACCAAAUGAUUUGGUUCGCAUCCUAACCUGCAAUCAUAUUUUCCAUAAGACAUGUGUGGACCCAUGGCUUUUAGAACACAGGACUUGCCCCAUGUGCAAGUGUGACAUUCUCAAAGCUCUGGGAAUUGAGGUGGAUCUUGAAGAUGGAUCGGUGUCCUUACAAGUUCCUGUUUCUAAUGAAGCAUCUAAUACUGCCUCUCCCCAUGAAGAGGACAAUCGCAGUGAGACUGCAUCAUCUGGAUACGCUUCAGUACAGGGAGUGGAUGAGCCACCUCUGGAUGAACACGUGCAAUCAGCAAAUGAAAAUCUACAGCUGGUAAACCAUGAAGUAAAUUCUGUGGCAGUGGAUGUUGUUCCUCAUGUUGACAACCCAACCUUUGAAGAAGAUGAAACUCCUGAUCAAGAGACUCCUGUUAGAGAAAUUAAAUCAUAAAAAUCUCUGUCAAUAGAAAACUUGAACUGUUAGUUAUGACAGGACUGCCAAUCAGGGCCUAGUUUACUAUUAAUGAACUAGGUAAAUUUAAAAUAAGAAUGAUACUGAAAGUGCUGAGAUGACUAAUAUUAUACUAUAAUUAAAUAACUUAACAUAUUUAACCUAGUAACUUUUUCCACAAACUCACUAUAACAUUUUUCAUAGGCAAGAUUCCUCUUGAUGAUAGUGAUAGCAACAUUUUUAAACAUUCAGAACUGUCUAUAAGUAGUUGGGUUUUUCAUUUAUAACAACUUUCUUAUAAAAAUUUGUUGCUUCAAAAAUGUGGUGUGGCUGUAAUCAUGUUAUUUUAUGAUAGCAUUAUAAUUAAACAAUACUACUAUUUUAGCUUGGGCUCUAUGUGUCAGGGUUUGUCUCCAGGUGCUUAUAUUGAUCUGGAAUUUUAAAAAGCAUUGAGAACUUAGGCAUUAAGUUGCUAGUACAAGUUUAAAGUAAAAUAUUCAUUUUAAACUUUCUUUUAAAAUUAAGCUGUCUAUGUAUUUCAUGUGAGUGUUGAGCAUAGUUUGUCAGAAAAUAUGGAUUGAAUUUGUUAAUCAGUAUAUUAGUGACACCACACAAGAUUAUAGACACAAAACUUUUCUAACAAAACUAUUGUAAACUAUGUCUCAAAUUUGAAAUUUUCAAAAGCACAGGAUAGAAACUACCAUAAGAUUUGAAAAUAGUAAUAGCAGAGUAAAUGAUAGAAAAUUGGUAACUGGUUACUAUGCAGAAUUCUUCUACAGAAAAUAUUCUGUAAAAUUUGUCUGUGGAAAAUAUUUUCCAAACAAGGUUGACUUUGAUUGUGAGUUUAAAUUUGGCCUAAAGCCCUCUAAUUACAUUAAAGUUUAAAUUCUGUCCAUAUAUCUCUAGUUUUGUGAAUGUAUUUUGUUGGUGUUUGAAAAAGAAUCAAGGGAAGGGGGGAAUUCCAGGUGCCUUAAUAUAAAGUUUGAAGCUUCAACCACCAAAGUUAAAUAGAGCUAUUAAAAAUGCACUUUAUUUCUAUUUUGUAUGGCUUGUCCAUUAGUUUUGUUCCCAGUGCAUAUUCCCGUAGAAUUUAAACAAAAAUAGAACAGAAGUGUAUUUUUGUUUGCUGAAUAUAUAAUGGAUGGAACCAUUGCAUUCUUGUACACUGAUUUGAAAAUGCUGUAAAUAUGCCCCAAUUUGUACUGAUUCUCUUUAAAUAUAAAAUGUAAAUAAAAUAUUCCAAUAAAAUA